CAAAUUUACUCCUAAGCUCUUUCUCUUUCUUUCUCCCAAGCAUUCAAAUACAGGUUUCUUUCCAAGUUCUAAGUUAAGAAGAAAUGAUGAAAUCCAACAGGAUUUUUGCUAAAAGCUUCAGUCGAUAUGAGCACAAGAAGUUCAGAUAUUGGGCAAUUAUUGUAUUAUUCAUCUUCUCAUUAAGCUUCUUCACUCUUCUUAGAACUUCUUUUGGUCCUCUACCAAUUUUUUCAGGUGAAUUGGUAAUAGAGAGAAAGCAAAUUUGCAAUGUUUCAGACCCAAAAUUUGACUAUUGUGAUGUUGAGGGAGAUAUUAGGAUUCGUGGGAGAUCCUCCAAAAUCUUUGAUGUUUCAUCUCAAAUGUUUGAUAUGGUAGGAAAUGAAUCAUGGACUAUAAAACCUUAUCCUCGAAAGAAUGAUCAUUUCAUGAUGGGAUUCAUUAAGGAAUUCAAAGUAAAUGCGAUUGUGGGUGAUGAAGAAGCCCCGCCGUGCAAUCUAAAUCACAGUGUUCCGGCUAUCGUAUUCUCAGUUGGAGGAUAUGCCUCAGGAAACCAUUGGCAUGCUUUCACUGAUACACUCAUUCCUCUUUUCGAAGUUUCAGCCCAAUUUCACGGUGAAGUUCAAUUUCUUAUCACUGAUAUAGAACAACAUUGGAUUACGAAGUACCAAGCAAUACUAAAACAACUAUCAAGGUACGAGAUCAUCAAUAUUGAUAUUAAUGAUAAAGUUCAUUGCUUUCCAAGAAUGAUAGUUGGUCUUAAGUAUUACAAGGACUUUAGAAUUGACCCUUUAACAGCUUCUAAAGGGUACUCUGUAAAAGAGUUUAGGAAGCUCAUAAGAGAGGCCUACUCAUUGAAGAGAUCAGAUGCAAUCAAUAUUCUUCAAACACAAGAGAAGCCAAGGCUUCUGAUCUUAACACGGAACGAGUCUCGUGCAAUUAUGAAUGUCGAUGAAAUAAUCGAAUUGGCUAAAAACAUGGAUUUUGAAGUGGUUGUCUCUGAUGCUAUGGCGAGUUUGAAUAACUUCUCGCACGUCGUGAAUUCCUGCGAUGUGAUGAUGGGAGUCCAUGGAGCAGGGCUCACAAACCUUGCUUUCCUUCCUAACAAUGCAGUAGUGAUACAGGUACUUCCUUGGGGUGCAUUUGAAUGGUUGGCUUCUCAUUGUUUUGGGAAACCUGCCUUGGAAAUGGACUUAAGGUACAUGGAGUAUAAGAUAAAAGAAGAAGAGAGUUCUUUAAUAGAACAGUACCCACUAGAUGAUCCAGUUUUUAAGGAGUCUCAUCUAAAUAAAGAAGCUGAUUGGGAACUAUUUAAAUCUGUGUACUUAAAGCAAAAUGUAAAGAUUGAUGUGGGUAGAUUUAAAGCUACAUUGUCAAAAGCCCUUGAGCUUCUCCCUCACUAGAUU